AGUACGCAUGAGCAAAUGGCUUGUUCACUGGCCCGAAAUCACGCGGGGUCACGGAACUUCCUGUCUGUAGUAAAGAAACUGCAUGAAAAUGAGAAAAAUGUUUUAUUAUUGACGGAACCAACUUUACACAUGUUGUCACACAAAGAGAGAGAAGGAUGUAAAUCCAUCUUGAACAAACUUCCUCAACAGGAUUUAAUAAAUCUCACGGAUACAGUAACGAACCGAGUAGUAUCGCCUGAAAAUACUACUGAGGCAGUCAAUGCCAUUCUAAGUUACAGCCAUACGGCCUCACAGUUGCUGAAAAGGAAGAAAGUAAAGAGAGAACAUAUCUAUCAGUACUUGGCAGAAAAAGGGAUAAUUGAACCUGUUGCGUCUGACAAGCCCACCUUGAUAAAAAGGGCAUUAUUGUAUUGGGGCUCUAGCAAAGAGGAUAGCGAAGAGGAGAUUGAAAAUGAGUCUGAAAACCUAACAGCAUCAGAGCCUAAUUCAGCAAUUUCACGCAGUGAUACUAGCUGUACAAAUCCUCCCUUUGACAACAGUGUUGAUGGACAGCAGUUAGCUGAAUAUUUUAUACCCUGGUUCUACAAAAUCUUGAACUCUUUCAAUACCCUCUCUGACAACACUUCACAGGAAUGGGGUCCACAGCAUUUUUGGGAAGAUGCAAAAGGAUCAGUGCUUGUAGUAUCUAAUGGACAAGUAUUUGAUGAGUGCCAAGGAGCGAUGGCAGUUAGUACAAAACUUCAAGAACUUGUUUGCAAAGAAAAAAUACUCUUUAAUGCAAAUUUAAGUGGGGCAAGGGGCCACAUAGAUGCUUAUGGACUUGUCAAAAUAUCAGUUGGAGGCACAGUCCAUAGAUUUUCCAACUGCCUUGGAAUUUUCGAACAAUCAUUCGGACUCAUUCGAGACCCACAGAUGCAAAAUAACUGGAAAAUCAAAUUUACUGAGCUAAAACUGAAAGCACAGCAACAACAAAAUGAAGUAGAAGGUAUCACAAAAAAGGCUAUUACAUAAACUAAGAAGAGAAUGUAAUAUCAAUAGACU